GGUUCUCGUGGAAUUGUCGUUGCUGUUGAGUAACGUAUUCAGCUGUCCUCAGGGGCCCACUUCCAGCUCGGGGUCCCAGGCUAUUACUUGCUUUGACUUUCGUGUGGUGACACCCCUGAAAAUAAGCCCUCACUGUAAGGUUGCUAUUUUUUUUUUAAAUGCCCACCUAAGAAGCUCUAACAUGUGAGUAGGUCAUAUGUAAUCCCAUUAGCAUUUUUAAAACUUGUGACACUCAAUUUUGAGGAGCACUUUUAGCCACACAAAACAGCAGCCAUUGAACUUGAGUGGACCUGAAUGAACUUUGCUGAACCUGACGAUUCAGAUGGUGUAACUACAGGUCGUGGCACUCAGCGCAAACACGUAAUGCUCCCUCUGUCCUCGCAGUCCUCCCAGUCAUACUAUUUCAUAUUGUUCAACCACUGUAGAACCAUCAUCUACAUACACGCAUACCUACAAUCUCCAUCUACAUGGAAAUCACAUCCUCUCGUUAGAGUUUUAAAACACAAUCUCUCAUUCAGGGGAAAUGUACUGUGUUUCUUUAAGAACAAAUGACCCAGGUUAUCAUACAGAGUACUUUGAACUCUAAAGGAUUAAAGGCACCUCACAGCCAUGCCGGAGCUGGCCAAACCCUAACAGCCACGCUGGAGCCAGCCACACUGGCAGAGAUAAAGACCUUCCAGGCUGCGUGAACUACUAUUUGUAUUAUCUGAUUACAACGGAGGAUCAUUUCAGCCUGAUUGGUCACUUAAUCCGGAAAUAUGUCUGCGCAUUUCUAUCGGAAUCUCCUCCCAUCUUUCUUCCUCGCGAUGAUCCUCUACUUGUCGGGCCCGGGGUGUCAGGGAGGGAAGGUGCUGGUGGUUCCGCUGGAGGGAAGCCACUGGGUGAACAUGGACAUCCUCCUCAGGGCUCUACACAACCAGGGACACUCCAUCACAGUGGUGCGGUCCACCAAGAGCUGGUACAUCAAAGAGGACUCUCCCUACUACGACUCAAUCACGGUGCCUGUCGCUGAAGGCUUUGACGAGGAAUUCAUAAAGUCAAUCCUGCGAAAACUGUUUGACAUAGAGAGGGGAAAAAGUUCGGCCAUUAAUUUCAUAAGUCUGCAACUCCAGGUGUUAGAGUUUGUGCCGAAAUCUGUCGAUCAGGUGUGUCAAAUGGCGACCGCCAUGUUCGAAGACAAAGCCCUGAUGAAGAGCCUGAACGAAAGUCAGUACGAUCUUGUGCUCACAGACCCUGGGUGGGGAGCUGGUAUCAUGUUGGCUCACCACCUUCGGCUCCCCUUAGUCUACAACGUCCGAUGGAUCACGACGGGAGAGGGACACCUCACGUUAGCACCGUCGCCGAUAUCCUACAUACCAAUAACAGGCUCAGGGUUCUCGGACAAGAUGACCUUCUCUGAGAGGGUUAGAAACGUGCUAUUCUAUUUGCUGCUAAUGGUGCAAAACAAUGUCAUGGUUAAACCGCGGUACCAAGCGGUGUGUGAUAAGUAUUUGACACCAAAGGUUGAUUACUUUGAACUACAGCAGACAGCUGAUAUUUGGCUGAUGAGAGUCGACUUUGUGUUUGAGUUCCCACGCCCCACUAUGCCUAACGUUGUUUACAUGGGUGGGUUCCAGUGUAAGCCAGCAAAGCCCCUUCCUCAAGACCUGGAGGACUUUGUACAGAGCUCUGGAGAACAUGGAGUCAUUCUCAUGUCUUUGGGGACAUUUGUCAGUGAACUUCCAAGUGAUAUUACUGAAGACAUAGCUGCUGCUUUUGCUGAGUUACCCCAGAAAGUCAUUUGGAAGUACACUGGAGAAAGACCUUCGACCCUGGGCAACAACACCCUGCUGGUUGACUGGAUGCCACAGAAUGAUAUUCUGGGACACCCCAAAAUAAAACUCUUUGUGGCCCAUGGAGGAACAAAUGGAGUGCAGGAAGCUCUUUAUCAUGGCGUUCCAGUUGUGGGUAUACCUCUGUUCUUCGACCAGUAUGACAACCUUCUCAGGCUGAAAGUAAGAGGUGGGGCAACAAUCAUUACAAUUUCUAUCAUCAAUAAAAACACCUUCCUCCAGGCUUUACAGGAAGUGCUCCAUGAGCCGUCCUACAGGGAGAACAUGCAGAGGCUCUCCAGGCUGCACAGAGACCAGCCAGUGAAGCCCCUGGACCGAGCCCUCUUCUGGAUUGAGUUUGUAAUGAGACACAAAGGUGCUGCUCACCUGCGCACAGAGUCCUACAAGAUGCCCUGGUACGCCUACCACUCAGUGGACGUAGUACUGUUCUUACUUGCUGUGAUGCUCUGUGUUGUCAUGGUUUCCUUUGUUGUAAUCAGAUAUACAUGUUCUAAAGUAUUUGGAAUGAAGAAAAUGAAACAUGAAUGAUUUCCUAGCAGUGCCAGACCACAGGAAUGUGAUACAUGUUUAAAUGUUUACUUUUAAUUUUUAAAUGUUCAAUAUUUAAAUGUUGACAGGUGGUCACUGAAUAAACUGAUGCAACCCUCAUUAAGGUUUUGAAAUCUUUAAAGAAAAAAAUGAACAUGGUUUAAUAUAUUUAUAGUAUGUAUUGUGAAUGUUGGAAUGAAAAAAAGAGAUGUGAAAUUAAGUAGAACUAGUAGAGCAUAUUAAUGUCUUCAACUAAAUCUGUGCUGAAAACUGAAACCCACAGAGACACUUUGACAACAAUGGAACUAUAUUCACUAACAUGUCUGAAUUCAUCAUGAGGAAGAUUUAAAGUGCAUAUUUACUAUCAUGUCUAAUUCAGCAAGAGGAGGAUUUAAAGUGCAUAUUCACUAACAUUUAGGAUUUAGACAAAGUCCAACUUAUUAAGAAAUUCAAAAGGAAAACAAUCAAAACAAUUCCACUUGAAUAACAAAACAAAACAUGAAGGGCUUAAUGUUUGUAUUUUAUUCCCCUCAAGGAAAUAGAUAGCUCACAGGCCCAGAUAUCUAAGAAAGGUAAUUGGCUAUAAUCUUAUUUCAUUUGACUGAGGUUCUCUCUCCUCUUAUCUCUUCUCCAAUUAAACACAUGUAUGUUGCCUCAUGGGGAUGACAUCCAGGGGG